CUAUCUCCAGUUUACAACACAGCCCUUGCAACAAGUCCAAGAAGAUUCCACAACCAACUGCACUCUGAUUCAGGUUACCCUGAGGGUACAGAUAAACCCGCAAGUGGGCUCAAGAGGUCUCAGAGAGAGUGCUAAUGACCAGAUGACUGCAAAGAAAUACAAUCCUUCCAUCUCUCCUGCCCCACCAUCCAGUCUCAACUAUCCUUCCUAUCCUUCCAUCUCCCCACCAUCAGAACUGCUGAAGCUUCUUGGAUGAGAAGUUAAAUGUUUUCUUCUUUUUCCUCAAGGGAAAAAAAACUCAGUCCAUGUGCCUUUUUUGGGGGGGGGACAUCUUUGAGAGAACUAUGAAUAGAAUGACUGAGAAUCUCCAGACAUUGGAUGGGCAGUUAAACUACUAAAUUAUUGUUAUGACGAAAGGUCCCUAAAAAUAGAGCUCCAAUGCUAUUACAGUUUAUUAUAAUUGAAUCCUCCACUUUUAUAUUAAGGGACAGACAAGAUGUCCUAUGCAGAUAUCAGGUUUGGACCAAUCAUUUUUCUCCUCCUCUGUUUGAAUGUUGUAUAAAAAGCUAAGGUGACAAGCAGUAAGCGUACAUCUUUAUUGCUGCAGUAACAAAUAAGUUGGCUUGGAUUUCUCUUGUCCUGCAUGUUAUUUGGAACCCAUCACAAUGGAUCCUCAUAGUUAUAACUGUUUUAUGGCCAACUCAUAAAACUUCAAGAAUACAAUAAUAUUUAUUUUAUUAAAUUUGCUUGUGCACCCAUGUCACCAAGAGAUGACUCUGCCUUAACAUAACAUUGCCCUAAGAUCUAAAAAAACCUUCUGCAAAUUACUUUUGGGGCUAUUACUAGUGGAAUACUAAUAAAGGUGUUCUCAUUUCCACUUCUGAAUUGGUGAAGACUGUCCAGUAUUAUUGACUGCCAAAACUCUAGGGAUGUAAUCCGUGCCCCACCAAAGCGUGUCCUUAAAUGCAUUGAUUAUUGUCUCUCUCUCUCUCUAAAGUUCUGACUUUAUUUUCCAUUUUUAACUUUUCAUUAAAAAAAACAACCUAUCCCUUUAAGCUACCAAACUGAUGAAAGGUUGCAAGUCAUACAUAGGAUUGACAAAGGCAUGUGGGGGAAAAAGAUAAGACAUGAAUUCACACUUCUGAGUUGCACAGAAUCCUUAAUGAUGAAAGUGCCGGAGUACAAACUCAAGAGGUUCCAGGUAGCUUGCAGGAUCUUCGCUCAAGAGCUGUGAUACAUCUUAACAGAAGCCUGGCACUCUGACAAAUCAGCCAUCAACAGACACAUAGACAUCAGCAACGUCUACAGACUAUGCAAAAGAGACUAUCAACCAGCCCCAAAAGGAACAAAAAGACUCCAGCCAUCAGCACCCUUAUCAGCAUAGAUUAACUCCAAGAUUAACCUCAGACCAACAAUCAAGCAAACAAUAUCCGAUCAAGAAACUGCCAAAGAACCAUCAGUAAACAGCCCAACCAAGCAAUUUCGUAAGACCGCCCCCACCCAUACUGACAGGCAAGUCACCAGACUAUGAACUGACAGCACUCCUUCCUAGCACUGAUGAUGUUACCUAGUUAGGCUAACGAAACGUCUGCAAGAAAACAAGCAAGCUCAGAGAGCACCAAGGAGCCCUCAUGUCAACCCUGAGCUACAAACAUUCUCCUUUACUAGUACCGCUUAACAAUUCCAACUGUUUCCCUUUACUCUUUCAAAGUAAAGAUUACAAAUGGGCUUGAAGCACGGCAGUUGCUGCCCUUUUCAUGCUCUUAUCUCCCUAGUGACAGGCAACAACAUCAGACCGGCAACAACGACUGCAGACCUCCUACAGAGAUCAUUUUUUAAAAUUAUUCACUGUCACACAGCCAUUUCCGACUGGAGCCGGUAAUACGCGACUAUUCUUUCCCCCUCUCUCCGCACAUACCCCUUUUUCAGCUCCUAACCCUCAUUACAGUGUAAGCAAUGUCCAUUAUAUUAAUCUAUUCCUGGCUGCGUUAGUCAUUUUGCAGCAGGCGGCAUUUCAAGAGCGUGAUUCUGCUUUCCUCAGAAACGUUUGCAUUCACCUUCCAAAUGUUGUGUCCUCCCCCCACCUCUUUUUUCCCCACAUCACCGAAAGGCUGGUGAGGGAGCAGAACGCUUGCUGAUUCAAUGGAUACUUACAGCUUGUCCUAUUAAGAAGAUGCUGUGGAGAUGUUUACAUACUAAGGCUAACAACUCCUAUGAGCCUCCAGGCAAGACACAAUUAUAUUGGGAACUGAUUUUACUGAUGUUUUUUCUUCGACCUGCAGAAGCAGCAACCCCGAAGAACAACGCUGUGGCUGGGGGAAAAAGGGGAUCAGGCUAACCAGCAAAAUGAAUGCAUAUCUUCUUCUUGCCCUCCACAUGCAGCCGUCAGCACUGCGAACUUGGGAACAGGAGAAUUUUCUGACUUGAAAGCCCAGAUCUUAGCAGGCUGCAUAUACUUAGCAUCUAAGAAUUCAAGGAUGAAGACUUUAUUCCUGAGCUCUAAAGAAACAUACUGCUAUACUGAGGCACUUCUAAUAUUUCAACAAAGCCACACUUGUGGAAAAACAUAUUCAGAAAGGUAGAAGAGUUUCAGGGAACUGUGGCCAGAAGAAAACUCCAGAGAACAUUUGGAGUUCCAGAAAACAUCUGGAAAGCCAAAGAUGAACCUACUUGAGACAGCCAAAUCAGGGUUUCUAGUGUGUAUCGUGGUUUGCAUUUUCAUCUUUGGUAUUUUCUAUCUACGGAAUACAAUCUUCAAGGCAGACAAGGAAAAACUGAUCUCAAAAGAGUGUGGCUUUUAUCCAGAUGAACUAUGCUCUGCCCUUUUUGAUGGAAAAGGAGUUGCUUUUCAAAUUGGCCAGCUGUGCCAGGAGGUUUUAGGGGAAAAAGACAUGUCUCCCUGCAUACAAACACCAUGCAACUGUUCUACGCUGCAGAAGAAACUCCACUUCAUCACAAGGCCACUGUCAGAAGAAGAAAGGGACUUUUCCUUGGCGUACAUCGUCACCAUUCACAAGGAACUGGACAUGUUUAUAAAACUACUCAGAGCCAUUUACAUGCCUCAGAACGUUUACUGUAUACACAUUGAUGAGAAAUCAUCAAAGGAUUUUAAGCAAGCUGUCCAAACCUUGGUCAACUGCUUCGAAAACAUUUUCAUUGCUUCAAAGAGAGAGAAAGUUGUCUAUGCAGGAUUCUCCAGGCUGCAAGCAGAUAUCAACUGCAUGAAGGAUUUGAUCCAUUUAAAUAAUCAAUGGAAUUAUGUUAUUAAUCUCUGCGGUCAGGAUUUUCCCAUCAAAACUAACAAGGAACUUAUACACUAUAUUAAAAGUAAAUGGAAUGGUAAAAAUAUAACCCCAGGAAUUGUUCAACCACCUCACAUGAAACACAGGACUAAUUUCAGUUAUCAAGAAUUUGUACGUUCAGGAAAAUCAUAUGUCUAUCCAACUAAUAAUGUGAAAAGUGAACCACCUCACAAUUUGACUAUAUAUUUUGGGACUGCAUACUAUGUACUCACAAGAAAAUUUGUAGAGUUUACACUGACCGAUGAACGUGCAAAAGAUUUGCUUGAAUGGUCAAGAGACACCUACAGUCCAGAUGAGCAUUAUUGGGUCACCCUGAAUCAUAUACCAGAUGCUCCUGGUGCUACACUAAACACAACCUGGCAAGGAAAUAUACGGGCAAUCAAGUGGAAAAAUCAAGAAGGAGAAGCCCACAAUGGCUGCAAAGGACAUUAUGUCAGGGAUAUUUGCAUCUAUGGACUUGGAGACUUGGAGUGGAUUAUUAACUCUCCCCAUUUAUUUGCCAAUAAAUUUGAGCCAGCAACAUACCCGCUUGUCAUGGACUGCCUAGAAAGGCAUUACAGAAUGAAGCUGCUCCAGGAAGCUGAAGUUCCUUUGGAAGCACACUGGCAUUUGGAAGAAUAGACUGCUCUGCGCAUCUGGAUGAACUGUAAUCUCUAUGGAGGGCAAAGCAGAACCAAAGACAUGCUACAUUUCAAAAUGUAUGUUCCAAAGAUGGAUACCACAUCACCAGUAUUUAGCAUCUUGGACCUGAGAACAGAAAGGAAAAUUCUGAACAUGAAGAUUCAAUAUGCAUGGCUCUCUAGUGUUUUUACAAACAUUAACUUCUCUGGACCUGUUUUUUUUCUCCUCCUACACAGUUGAUCUGAAACACAUAAUUGAUGUACAUUGUCUUACAUACUUGGACAAUAGUUGUCCGUCCUUGUUUAACAACUGCUGGCAGUUAUGAAGAUGUUGUAAAAAUAAUUUUAUGACCAAUUCUUGCAUUUACAACUUUGGCAAGUUUGUAAAGCAAAGUAAAACUGCAGUAAAAUGAUAAGCACAAUGGCAAUUUACUUAGUGACUGCUGCUUCGCUUAACAACUGAGGACUAAGAAAUACCUCUUUCGCAUAAAUCUCUUUUUAAUAGAAUGCUUGCUCUUUUAAAUGGACUGUUUAAAAAUAGCCUCCUGAUUUCAGUCUGGACCACACCUCUGAAGUUAAAGGUACCUAAAUGAAUCAUGAUUAACUUGUCCCGCUUGGUCUAAUAAGCAUAUCUAAAUCCAUAUCUAAAUAUAAUUCAUACAUUGUUUAUCCUUCUUUAACAUCAUUUUUCUACGUGCAAUUUUAUGUAAAAUUUAACUAAUAAAUGGCUGAAUAAAAAGUCUAAAAUUAAUCAAA